AUGCGUUGUGUGGAAAAGGCUCUCGGCUCUCUGCCGUGCCGCGCGAUCGGCACUCGAACCGUACACUCCCGCGCACAAACUCACAACGAUUCACCAAAGUCGGAAGCCUCGCCCGCGUGGAGUUCUCCCCGUCCCAACGUCGGCGCGCAUGCAGCCCUGCUCGUGCCGCAAAACGUUCUCGCCAACUCGUGGCACACCGUCGCGGUGGUGGAGAAGAUGAGCAGCACGCCGAUCCGGCCCAUGACCAUCAAACGUCUGCUCCAGUUGGAACCCGCAAACGAAACGUCGCUCCUUAAAGGGGCCGAGUGGAUUCGAGAAGAACUUCCAGUGCGCCUGUCGCACCGGCUGUACGACUUCCACCGUCUCCCGUUUGUCGCGGUGACAAAUCCUCUUGUCCAUUCUGUCUACGAGACCUACGUGAAGACGUUUGACCGUAUGAGGCGGCUUCCGCCUCUCAAGACGGUCGGCGACAUGAACGCGUUCGUCCAGCUCGUCGAGAAGGAGCGGUCAACGCACGACCGCACGGUUGACCUGAUGGGUCAGGGCGUUCGCCAGCUUCGUCGAGUCUGCCGAGAUAUCGAUUUGAAUUCCUUCUUAGAGCGCUUCUUCUACUUCCGAAUCGGCAGGCGCGUCAUGAUAGACCAGCUGGUUCACCUGCAGCGCAAACAGGAAGGAUGGCAAGGGAUCAUCCACUUGAACUGCCACGCGGCGAAGAUCAUCGAGCAGAGAAGCAAGGACGUGUGCGAGUCUUGCCGACACUCCUACGGUCUCGCUCCGCCUGUCGUCAUUUCAGGAAACACCGACAUGAAAUUCGCCACGAUCCCCGACCACCUGGCGCUCAUUGUCACGGAGGUUCUGAAGAACGCACUGCGAGCGACUGUGGAGUUCCACACGAUGGGGAACUCUCUCGUCGACGCCACGACUAGAGGCAUGAUCCAGGAAGACGAGGACCUACCUGAAGUGAAAGUUGAAGUAUACAAGGGCAAGCGAGAGGUCGUGAUAAAAAUCUCCGACAAAGGUGGCGGCGUUCCUCCACCAAAGCUUCAGGACAUCUGGAGCUUCGGGUAUAGCACCGUCGGAGACAGCAACACAAAGCUGCAGGAGAAGUCCUCAGGCAUGGGCGAAAACUUCAUCCGCUCCGAUAUGGCUGGAUAUGGCUUCGGUCUUCCAUUAGCUCGCGCGUUCGCUCGCUACUUCGGAGGAGACAUUCAUGUUCAGUCCCAUUUCGGCAUUGGAACGGACGUGUACAUCACGUUGAAUCAUAUCGGAGAUCAAGAGGAGGCACUGUACUACGAAGAGCGCCCCGAACUGCGACUGGAACACAAAGUGACAGAAUAG